CAAUCCUCAACAGACAGAGAGAGAAGAGAGAGAAAGAGAGAGAGGAGAGAGAAAGAGAGAGAGAUGCUCCUGACACUAAACAGAUGUCUAAUUUGGACUUUUACUCAAGCAUUUCCCAGUUGCCACCUCCGCCCUCGUAGUCAGCACCCCCUCUCUACUUUUGUAUCUCUCUCUCUCUCUAAAUUCUGAAACGCAGAGAGAGAGAAAGCGGAAAACGAAGAGGAAAACCGGACUCUGUACGGUUGCGAGCUACUAGGGUUUGAACUUUGCAGCGGAGAUGGGGACCGGACGGAGGCAGUUGAAGAUUAUGCUAUGGAAGAAUUGGCUUCUCAAAGUUCGUCACCCUUUCGUCACCUGCGCUGAGAUAUUACUUCCUACAGUGGUGAUGUUGUUGUUAAUAGCUGUGAGGAUGCAUGUUGAUACACAGAUUCAUCCAGCGCAGCCGUAUAUCCGGAAUGGGAUGUUUGUGGAAGUGGGCAAAGGAGUGUCACCUAAUUUUGAACAAGUAUUGGAAUUACUGUUGAAUAAGGAAGAGUUUCUGGCUUUUGCACCAGAUACAGAAGAAACAAGGUCAAUGAUUAACAUAAUGUCGGUUAAAUUUCCCCUCUUGAAGCGUGUUUCUAGAGUUUACAAAGAUGAACAGGAGCUGGAAACCUACAUACGCUCAGAUCUCUAUGGUACCUGCAAUCAAAUCUUGAAUUGCUUGAAUCCAAAAAUCAAAGGAGCAGUUGUAUUUCAUGAUCAAGGUCCUCAAUCAUUUGAUUAUAGCAUACGUCUUAAUCACACAUGGGCUUUCUCGGGAUUUCCUGAUGUCAAAUCCAUCAUGGACACGAAUGGCCCCUACCUCAAUGACUUGGAACUUGGCGUAAAUGCUGUUCCGACCAUGCAAUACAGCGCUAGUGGAUUUUUAACUCUCCAGCAAGUACUGGAUUCAUUUAUUAUUUUUGCGGCCCAACAAUCUGACACCAAGGAUAUAGAACUUCCUUCAUCGCUGUCCUUUGGUGAACCUUCCUUUCUAAACGUUCCAUGGAUGCAUUACAGCCCAUCAAACAUUCGAAUAGUCCCGUUUCCAACUCGUGAAUACACUGAUGAUGAGUUCCAGUCCAUCAUAAAAAGUGUGAUGGGUGUAUUGUAUCUUCUGGGAUUCCUCUACCCAAUUUCUCGGUUGAUCAGCUAUUCGGUGUUUGAGAAGGAACAGAAGAUAAAAGAAGGUCUUUAUAUGAUGGGUCUAAAAGACGGGAUAUUCCAUCUCUCAUGGUUCAUUACAUAUGCUUUGCAGUUCGCUAUUUCUUCUGCAAUCAUUACAGUUUCCACUAUGGGUAACCUUUUCAAAUAUAGUGAUAAGUCAGUUGUGUUCAUUUACUUCUUCUUCUUCGGACUGAGCGCGAUUAUGCUGUCAUUUUUAAUCUCGACAUGCUUCACACGGGCAAAGACAGCUGUUGCUGUUGGGACCCUUGCUUUUCUGGGUGCUUUUUUCCCUUACUACUCUGUCAAUGAUGAGGCUGUCCCUAUGAUAUUAAAGGUUGUUGCUUCUCUGCUUUCGCCCACGGCAUUUGCUCUAGGGUCAAUUAACUUUGCUGAUUAUGAGCGUGCUCAUGUUGGCCUUCGUUGGAGCAACAUAUGGCGGGCAUCAUCUGGAGUGAAUUUUCUGGUCUGUCUACUGAUGAUGUUGCUCGAUGCAUUGCUCUACUGUUUAAUUGGUCUUUAUCUGGACAAGGUCCUUCCGAGGGAGAAUGGAAUUAGAUAUCCAUGGAACUUCAUUUUUCAGAAGUGCUUCUGGAAAAAUCCAAGCAUUAAGGAACUUAAUAAUCACAAUUCCAGUCUAGAAGUUAAUAGCCAUGACAAGGACUGCAAGAAGGCAAGUUUUUCUGGGAAAGAUAAUGCCAGAGCAUCUGUGGAAGCGAUAACCUUUGACAUGAAACAACAAGAGCUUGACCAUAGAUGCAUCCAAAUAAGGAAUCUGCAUAAGGUUUAUGCCAGUAAAAAGGGGAAAUGCUGUGCUGUUAACUCAUUAGAGCUCACCAUGUAUGAAAAUCAGAUUCUUGCUCUUCUAGGACACAACGGGGCUGGUAAAAGCACAACGAUAUCAAUGCUUGUUGGCCUUCUUCGCCCUACUUCAGGGGAUGCUUUGGUUUUCGGGAAGAAUAUUGUUACAGACAUGGAUGAGAUACGAAAGGAAUUGGGGGUGUGUCCUCAAAGUGAUAUCCUUUUUCCAGAAUUGACAGUGAGGGAACAUUUGGAAAUAUUUGCUAUACUGAAGGGUGUGCAGGAAGAUCUUCUGAACGGCGCUGUUGUUGAUAUGGUUGAUCAAGUAGGUUUGGCUGAUAAAAUGAACACUGCUGUGAGGGCUCUAUCUGGAGGCAUGAAGAGGAAGUUGUCUCUUGGAAUUGCACUGAUAGGAAACAGUAAGGUUAUAAUUUUGGAUGAACCUACUAGUGGAAUGGAUCCAUACUCCAUGCGCUUGACAUGGCAGCUAAUAAAAAAAAUCAGAAAGGGAAGGAUAGUGUUACUGACAACGCACUCAAUGGAUGAAGCUGAAGUACUUGGAGAUCGUAUAGCCAUCAUGGCUAAUGGUUCCUUGAAAUGUUGCGGAAGUUCCCUUUUCUUGAAGCGUCAGUACGGGGUUGGUUAUACUUUAACCUUGGUGAAAUCGACACCUACUGCCUGUGUAGCUUCUGACAUUGUUUACCGCCAUAUCCCAUCAGCAACAUGUGUGAGCGAGGUAGGAACGGAGAUUUCCUUUAAGCUUCCUUUGGCAUCCGCAUCAUCCUUUGAAUGUAUGUUUAGGGAAAUUGAGAAUUGCAUGAAACGAUCUACAUCAAACUCAGAAACAAGUUCUGGCGAGGAGAAGGACUAUUUGGGCAUUGAAAGUUAUGGAAUAUCUGUAACAACUUUGGAGGAGGUAUUCUUGAGGGUUGCAGGAUGCGACUAUGCUGAAGCUGCUAGUUUUGAACAGAAGACUGGUCAACAGUGUCUUGAUUCUUUGAUUUCUCAGUCUUCUCAUGAUUCUUCUCCCAAAAAGAUCUCUGAGUCAAAAAAAUCCUUUGGAUAUUAUAAAGAGAUUCUUGGGUUCUUAUUUAGAAUAGUGGGAAGAGCCUGUGGUUUGGUUGUCGCUACAGUUUUAAGUUUUUUAAACUUUGUUGGUGGUCAUUGCUGUAGCUGUUGUUUCAUUUCAAGGUCAACUUUUUGGCGACAUUCUAAAGCAUUGCUCACAAAGAGGGCAAUAUCUGCUCGUAGAGACCGGAAAACAAUUGUUUUCCAGCUUGUUAUUCCUGCAGUUUUCUUAUUUUUCGGUCUUCUGUUUCUCAAGCUCAAGCCACAUCCUGAUCAGCAGUCUGUUACAUUUACAACUUCACAUUUUAAUCCACUAUUACGAGGUGGUGGUGGUGGUGGCCCAAUCCCUUUUAAUCUGUCCUUGCCUAUUGCAAAGGAGGUUGCACAGUAUGUUAAAGGGGGUUGGAUACAAGAAUUCAGACCUAGUGCAUAUAGAUUCCCUAAUUCAGAUAAGAUAUUGGAUGAUGCAGUUGAGGCAGCUGGGCCAACCAUGGGACCUGUUUUACUUUCAAUUAGCGAAUUUUUAAUGUCUAGCUUUAACGAAUCUUACCAGUCAAGGUAUGGGGCAAUUUUGAUGGAUGAUCAGAAUGAUGAUGGAAGUUUAGGGUACACUGUGCUACACAACAGUUCCUGUCAGCAUGCUGCCCCUACCUUUAUCAAUUUAAUGAAUGCUGCAAUUCUUAGGCUUGCUGCUCGUAAUAAGAAUAUGACAAUCCAAACGCGUAAUCACCCUCUCCCAAUGACAAAUAGCCAACAUCUGCAACGUCAUGAUUUGGAUGCAUUCUCAGCUGCAGUUAUUGUUAGUAUUGCAUUUUCAUUCAUCCCUGCAUCAUUUGCCGUUCCUAUUGUGAAGGAGCGUGAAGUAAAAGCCAAACACCAACAACUGAUUAGUGGGGUUUCUAUUCUUUCAUAUUGGGCUUCUACUUUCAUAUGGGACUUCAUCAGCUUCCUUUUUCCUUCAUUGUUUGCAAUAAUUCUUUUUUACAUCUUUGGUCUGGAGCAGUUCAUUGGAAGCGGAUAUUUAUUGUCAACAGUUGUCAUGUUUUUAGCGUAUGGAUUAGCAAUCGCAUCAUCCACAUAUUGCCUUACAUUUUUCUUCUCUGACCACAGUAUGGCUCAGAAUGUGGUUCUCUUGGUCCACUUCUUUACGGGACUCAUUCUUAUGGUUAUCUCAUUCAUCAUGGGACUUAUAAAGACAACAGCAAGUGCAAAUUCUUUUCUUAAGAACUUUUUCAGAUUAUCUCCAGGGUUUUGCUUUGCUGAUGGACUUGCAUCACUGGCUCUUCUCCGGCAAGAUAUGAAAGAUAAAUCCAGCAAUCAGGCCCUUGAUUGGAACGUUACUGGUGGCUCAAUUUGUUAUCUUGGUAUUGAGAGCAUUUGUUACUUCCUUUUGACACUUGGGCUUGAACUCUUACUUUCUAACAAGUGGACACUAGCCACACUGAAGGAAUGUUGGAACAACAUUAGAAGUAUCGAACAUGGCACCCCAAGUUAUCUAGAACCCCUUCUGAAGAGUUCCUCAGAUGUUACUCUUGACCUUGAUGAAGAUAUCGAUGUAAAGACAGAAAGAACUAGGGUGCUUUCAGGUUCCAUUGACAAUGCCAUAAUUUAUUUGCGGAAUCUUUGGAAGGUGUUUCCAGGAGGAAAGCAUCAUAGUGCAAAAAUUGCGGUACAUUCAUUGACUUUCUCAGUUCAGGAAGGGGAGUGUUUUGGUUUUUUAGGAACAAAUGGAGCUGGAAAGACCACAACUCUGUCAAUGCUGACUGGAGAGGAAUCUCCAACUGAUGGGACUGCUUAUAUAUUUGGAAGGGAUAUAUGCUCUAAUCCAAAGGCUGCUCGUCGACAUAUUGGAUUUUGCCCACAGUUUGAUGCUUUGUUGGAAUUCUUAACUGUUAAAGAGCAUCUUGAGCUUUAUGCCACAAUAAAAGGAGUACCAGAUCACCGGUUGGAUGAUGUUGUAAUGGAAAAGUUAAUGGAGUUUGACUUGUUAAAGCAUGCCAACAAACCAUCAUUUUCUCUCAGUGGGGGAAACAAGCGUAAAUUAUCUGUCGCAAUUGCGAUGAUUGGAGAUCCUCCUAUAGUCAUUCUUGAUGAACCGUCAACAGGUAUGGAUCCAAUUGCCAAAAGAUUCAUGUGGGAAGUGAUAUCUCGUCUAUCAACCAGACGAGGAAAGACAGCAGUAAUACUUACUACGCAUAGCAUGAAUGAAGCUCAAGCACUUUGCACUCGUAUGGGGAUCAUGGUCGGAGGUCGAUUAAGAUGCAUUGGUAGUCCCCAGCAUUUGAAAACUCGAUUUGGAAAUCAUCUUGAGCUAGAGGUUAAACCUUUUGAAGUCAGCUCUGUGGACUUACAAAAUCUGUGCCGAGUUAUUCAAGAAUGGCUGUCAUCUGUUCCAUCCCAUCCCAGGAGCUUACUUGAUGGCCUUGAAAUAUGCAUUGGGGCAGACUCCAUUCUGGCUGAAAAUGCCACAGUGGCAGAGAUUAGUUUGUCGCGAGAAAUGAUAAUUAUGAUUGGACGAUGGCUUGGCAAUGAAGAAAGAAUAAAGACACUAAUAUCUCCGCUGCCAAUUUCUGAUGGGGUGAUUGGUGAACAGUUAAUUGAGCAGUUGGUUCGAGAUGGGGGUAUACCAUUGCCAAUAUUUUCUGAGUGGUGGUUGUCCAAUGAGAAGUUUUCAGCAAUUGAUUCAUUUGUCCUCACAUCAUUCCCUGGUGCAAUAUUCCAGGGGUUUAAUGGCUUGAGUGCUAAAUACCAGUUGCCAUAUGGACAGGGCCUCUCGCUUGCAGAUGUCUUUGGGCACCUUGAACGGAGCAGACAUCAACUUGGCAUUGCGGAAUACAGUAUUAGCCAGUCCACUCUUGAAACUAUUUUCAACCAUUUUGCGGCUAACUCGUGAGAUCUUAACCGUCUAUUGAGGCAAAUCUAAUUUGAACACUUUGACAGCACUCGGCAAAUCACUAUCUGGCCCCGCUUUUAAGGUUGAGACCAUCAGAGACUGUAAAUAUCAGAAACGAAAUUUGUACAUAAGAUCGAAAUUCGGUGAAAAGUAAUUUGUUGCGAAAUUACAGAUUAGAGUUAUACCCGUUAUAUCAUACUUGAUGACGACAUGACUCACAGAGGCGAGGAAUGCCCAAAGUCGUGCCUUCUCUUAUUACUUAAAACCCUUACCUAGGAGUUAAGGGGUGAUAGAUCCUUCUUGUACAAAACGUUCAACAACGUAGAAUAACUCAACUCUGCCAUGGCGCCCCGCGGCUCCGUGGCACCGUGGCACCGUGGCACCGUGGCUCGUUUUCAAGUUGGGAAACAUUAGAAAGAGUCAGUAAUGCACUACAACAGUGGUAAAAAGAGGAACCUUUUCUCUCGCCUCCCCUCUCACCCCGCGACCCAAACAGAAAACCCUAAUAGCAGCUCCUCCGGCCGCUGAGCCGCAGACACCGUGCUAUGGCUUGGGGUCAGCAGCAGCCAAGAUCAUCUGCAAACUCACCACUCUAUCUAAACCCGAAUCAAGGGGGAUUGUUGCACCUGUAUCACUUUCUUACUAUCGUAGCCAGUAAAGAGUUUGUGACAUGCAUUGUUGCACCCUCAAGCGGUUAUUCCCUCUAGCGUUCACUCUUUCAUUGGCCCUGUGAUUGACUCUCGGAAGAUGUUUCUCUCUUUCAUUGGGAGGAUUGGAAGGAUUUGUUUCUGCAUCAUGUUGUCUCUUACCCUUCUCGUUGCAAUAAACUCAUUCAGCUCCCACUUUUCCUUUUGAGCAAUAUAACUACUCUUCAAUUGAGACUACUUCAUUAAA